AUUGGGCUUACGAUGUGGGCAUCCCCUUUCCGUGUUGGACUCGUAUUCAAAAGAUCUGCGUCUGUCGUUUGGUUCUUUCGAAUUUCUUUGUUCUUCUUUCUUUCUUUCCCAUGACUUGAGUGAAAUUGGAACUGUCGAAAAUGGAACACCGGGAUGGUACGAGCUAUCGCGAGGAUAGAAUGAGGAGUCCUUCUUCGCCUCCUCUUCCGCAGUUUCCGUCUCCUCCUCCUCUUCCGUCGCCGCCGGUGUCGCCACCGCUGCAGAAUGGGCAAAUGUAUCCACCGGGAGAAUUGGGAAGAUCGUAUUCUGGGAUAAGCAGAAGUUCUGUUCCGACUGUUUUGUCGGCUCCAUUGUCCGAGGAACGGGAUUAUGGCAGGCAGUUUCCACAGGAACUACCGGCGAAUGAGACAGCUUCGUAUAGAAAAAUGUGGGUGAAAAUCCGUGUCUUGCAGAGUGUGCUACGAAAACUUUGAGAGGUGGCUGUGCUGUGGAAGAGGAGUAAAUUGUGUACGGCGCAAAAGAUUCAGUGAAUGGGAUUCUAAUGACAAACAGAUAUUCGAAUGAGAAAGAGACACCACACAUGCCAGUCGGAACACCAAUGUACACGCCGGUCAGCGCGUCUACACACAUGUCAAUGGGAAGUCCUGCAAGCGCAAUAGUCACGCCAGACUUUUCCGCCCCACAAGUUGUGCCUGGACAGUUCGGUCGACCGACAUCAUAUGCACCCACUGAAGAUACGAGUACAGCGCCGCCAUAUGCAAGACCAUAUGGGUUCAAGGAACACGUUGAUCCGUAUGAUGCCCCUGAAGCCGCGGAACCUCUACCUAGUAUACCCACUGGACCCAAGGAUAAGAGAACAUGUGGUAUGAAGAGGCGGAAUUUAGCUAUUCUUCUCGGAUUUAUCGUCAUUGCUAUCUUGGCCCUAGCAUUGGGACUCGGUUUAGGACUCGGUUUGCAAAAAGAUAGUGAUGAAAUAAAAAACCCCGUUUGUCGAAAAAACCCGGAGUUCUGUGUUGGCGGCGCUCUCAACGAAAAGUAUUUUUCCAAAAGGGGUGUCUUCAACGGCACGGGAAUUGCUCUCGCGGGCGAAUCGUGGAAUAAAGGCCAACGCAGGAUCUUUACCCUCUACUUCCAGCACCACACGGGCGACAUUCGAUUCAUGCAGUAUACGACGGACCGGAAAUGGGUAGGCGGCACCAAAGCGCAGACUGUGGCUUACGAUGCGAAACCCGCAACACCUAUAUCCGCCGUCUCCUUUGCCAUUAACCAAACACAAUAUUUCCACAUAUUCUACAUCACCAAAUCCAAUACAGUCGCCCAAACCGUUCAGUCGAACAUCUCCUCCAUCUGGGCCCCCGGCCCCCUAAACACCCUCAACCUAACCGCCUACGAUGCCCCUACCGUCGGCCUACAAGCCUGCUGGAAAGGAAACUUCUACGGUGACAACGACUUCACCAAAUUCCCCACAUUCUCUGGCGCGCCAAACACGCAGCCCUUUGCCGGUUCCAAAGGAAUGAACAUUUGGUUCCCCGUCGACGAAACUAGCUUUGAGCAAUACGCAUGGUACUCUGGCCAAGAAAACGACAGCUGGGUGCACAUCCAGCGCUGGAAUGGUUUCAACGCCCACGCCGGCGUGGGCUGUUAUAGCUGGGGCCAGGGCAACACCACAUACGCCAUGUUCAGCAACAAAGCCAAAACCGUGGAAAUGUGGUGGAAAGACACAAACAUUACCGCCGAAUCAACGGACACUCACCCGAUCAACUCGUGGCAAAAUGCGACCAAAGCUGCUAUACAGAAUGUCCACCCCAUCACGUCGCUGGGGUAUACAACGUAUUUCUACGCGCAGAUGGCGGAUCGCACAAUUCGCGGGUACAAUGUUACGUUUGCGGCGGAGAAUACAGAGUCUAUUGGGGAUGAGAGUAGUUUUGCGAUUACGGAUCCGGCGGGGCCUGUGCAGGCGUUGGGGGGUACGCAUUUGACAGUUACGGCGUUUGCGGAGAAGGAGGGGGGUAGGACGCUGUGGGAUAGUUUGUAUGUGUUUUUCCAGUCGGAGGGGGAUGAUAUUACGGCGUUUACGAGGGGGUUGAAUGGUGGGGAGUGGACGAGAGGGACGUUGGGGAUUCCAGAUGACUAGGAGAUAUUAAAAUGGUUUCUGCUUUUU